GUUUAGCGUCCGGGUUGCUAUGGUGACCCCAGUCGGGCUCUAGUGUUGUGUAUGCGAGCGGUUUUGUGGAGCGGGACAGAUGGAGCAGUCACUUACAAUGCCUGACAAAGUAACUGGCACAGUAGACACACCAAGAACCAGUAAUCUGAAAUUUCUCAGAGCCAAAAGAUUGAGUUACUUCAAUGGAAAAAGUUCCCAAAGUUUGUUAUCCAGUGCAGAAGAAACGCCACGUUCCCACAAAAAACAUCAACCUACGAGAAGCCAAACACCACGAAGGUGUCUUUCUGCACCUAUUUUAAAACAAAAACAGACUUCUAAAAAAUGUGAUAUCCAAAAAAGUGACAAUGCUGGGACCCAGACCACUCAUGAAGAAACAAUUCUGCAACCAGUAGAAGCAAGAACUGAAGUAUCUACUAAGAAUGAACUUCAAGAGACAGAAUCAGCAAAUAAAAGUACUGCAGAGCUUACAGUUCAACAACACCUGCCCCCAGCUCCAAGAGAAGUGGAGCCUAACUUGCAAACAGCAUCAAAAAAGUCUGUUUCUGAAUCAUUUAUUUCACAUGGGGCACAACAAGGCCUAGAUGAAUUAAUGAUUGAGGAACGUCCUGAUAAUCAAUAUACUGCUUUACAAACAACAUCAACAGAAACUAAUAAUACACCACUGAGUCAGCAUAAUGUGCAACCAGCACAAGAAAAUGAAAGAGGCAAAGUAAUUGGCACUCAAGAUUUUCAUCAAGAGUGCAAAGAAAUGUCAAUUAUGAUCUCUCCCUCUUACUAUCCUAUACUUGAAAAAGCAAAGACUAAGGUUCCUUUAAUUCAUAGUCAACUUAAAUCGGAACCAGAGAUGGAAACUAAUAUACACUCUACUCACCAUAAUCUUCAAGGUCAGCUUAAGCCAGAACCAGAGAUGGAAACUAAUGGACACUCUACUCACCAUAGUCUUCAAAGUCAGCUUAAGUCAGAACCAGAGGUGGAAACCAGUGCACAGUCCACUCACCAUAGUCUUCAUAGUCACCUUAAACCAGAACCACAGGUGGAAACUAAUAAACACGCUACUCACCAUAGUCUUCAAAGUCAGCUUAAGUCAGCAUCAGAGGUGGAAAAUAAUGGACACUCUACUUACCGUAAAACUCAUAGUCAACUUAAGUCAGAGCCAGAGGUGGAAAAUCAUGGACACUCUACUUACCGUAAACCUCAUAGUCACCUUAGGUCAGAACCAGAGGUGCAAAAUCAUGGACACUCUACUUACCUUAAAACUCAUAGUCCACUUAAGUCAGAACCAGAGGUAGAAAAUCAUGGACACUCUACUCACCGUAUUCUUCAUAAUCAUCUUAAGUCAGAACCAGAGGUGGAAAAUCAUGAACACUCUACUUACCGUAAACCUCAUAAUCACCUUAAGUCAGAACCAGAGGUGGAAAAUCAUGGAAACUCUACUCACCGUAUUCCUCAUAGUCACCUUAUUAAGUCAGAACAAGAGGUGGAAACAUAUGCACAUGCUACUCACUUUACUGUUCACAAUCACUUUACGUUAGAACCAGAGGUGGAAACUAACGGACAUUCUACUUACCGGAGUCUUCUUAGAAGCAGCUUCGCUUCUGAUUUAGACAAGGGUCUUUUGGACAAUAUAUCUGUUCCAGAAUCAGAAAAGCUUCAACAUGUAAUGACGUGGGCAAAAAAAUUCCUGAACAAGUGCAAUGUAGGAGAUGGAUUGCUUUUCUCUGAUGCGGGAGAUGAUCUACAGUGUACUUUGGAUGAAAAAAAUUCAGCUUUUCAAUCAUAUAAAAUGCCCAGAGCAGUGGAUAGGUCCAUAGAAGUAAAUGAGAUUCUUAGAGACAGUACAUUAAAGAAGGAUGCAGAACUGGAUUCUGAGAACUGUAACAUGAAAAAACAAGCUCUUACUAAUUAUAGCAUGAAAGAAUCAAAGCAAUCACGUAUGUCAAAAAGUCCAAGAAACCUGUUAAAAAUUAAAUCUGAUGUUUCCAAAACAAAAGAAAUGACACAUGUCUUUUCUCCUAAAUCGCAGACCUCUAACUACAGUGACAGAGCUAUGUCACCUUCAUCUGAAAGUGACCACAGAGAUUAUAAAUAUAUCAAACAUUUAAACAGCAAAAGCUAUGAUAAUUUGCAAAAUGAGUUUGAUUUUAAGGAAAAAGAUUGUAGUGAUGAUGAAGAUUUAUUUGGGAACCAGUGGAAUUACAGCAUGGGAAGCAGGGGAAUUGCAGAAUUAAAUGAUAAGGCAAAACAUACAUUUGUUAUCAAAGAAGAUGAUACUAGCUCAUCAGAGUCUGGCCUUGAUACAGAAAGACUUAAUACACUUUUGCAGAAUCUUGAAACGCAUCAGAAAGUAACAGAGCAGAAAACACAUGUGUUAAUAAAAGAUGGAUCAAGUACGGAUAGAACAUUCUUAGUAAGAAAGGAUUCAGGUACUGGAGAUGACACAGUGAUAUCUGCAUCAAAUAAGGCCCUUGGUAGGAUACAUUCUUCAUCAAACAGAACCUACAAGGAACGGAAUCUGUUAGAGGAUUCAACACCAAGAACAUACAGAGUGUGCACUGUGUGCAAUUUUUGUAAUACUACAAAAACAAGUUGGUGUGAAGAGUGUGGUUCAGUUUUAGUGAACGACAGGGGACCCAAACCAGACACUACAAAUGAUUUACUAAGGCCACCAACUGCACAUGGACAACUCUUGGACGACGUUUUACGUUUUAGUGAUGGGACAUUUGAAGGUCUUGAUAAAAUGCCCACAGUGAACCAAAUGGAUAGAGAAGGGAAAACCAAAGUUUGUUGGGAAGACAACUCAGAUGUAGUUUCUGACAGUGAUGGCAGUGUACUUGAGAAGUAUUUCCAUUAUGUGAAACAACUGGAUAUGAUUAAAGUUCAAAAUAUGGAGAAACAAAGUCAAUCUUUUCAAGGUGACCACUCUUGUGAAAUAUCUAGUGAAGAUGAGUCUUACGAAGAGAUACCCAAGCUUCAAAUAAAUAGUGGAAUACAUAAUUAUUACCCAACCAAGACAGAUGCCACAAGCGAUGGUGAUGAAGAUGGAAUAGAGUUUUUACAAGAAAACAGCCAUUCAGUGAAACCUUAUACAUCUCACCUUGAUCAACCACAAAGGUCUAAUAGACAAUUUAGAGGAUCCAAUGAGAACAAUUAUGAGACUGUUUCCAAACUUAAGAAUUCAAUAGAUAGAAAGCAGCAAAACACCCCACACAAGUCAUCAAAAGGCACUGGUCCUAAGAGGUAUUGGGAGAAGUCCAGUAUUGCAUGGUCCUCAUACACACAUGGAGAGCUGAGACCAAGGUCACAGCAUAGUAACCAAAGACCUUCUUCAGCAGAAACCAAAAGGAAAAAUAAUCAGUGGCAGACUGGCAAAGCAUCAGGUCUGGACUAUGGGAUGUCUAGCAAGAUGACAGCACACAUUGAAAGGAAAAAUACUACCUCUCUUACCAAGGCUGAUGAGUACAAGAGUGUUGCUGCUGCUUAUAUGAAGACAGUUAAUGCAUGUAAGUAGUUUGCUUAUUUAGAUUCGCCAAUGUAUU